GAUACAAUGCCGUAUCCUUCACCCUCUGCUAUGCUCUGCUCUGUUCCCCCAGCUUGAAAUGUUAGCCCCAUCCACUACACGCCGUGCUCGUAAGAUCAAAGAGGCGCAGACGAGCCCCAAAAGCUUCUUCCCAUGUAGGUCUCUGUUCCGUCCAUCCACUUUGGAGUGUGCUUGAAACCUACACAGACCAACUAGCCAGGCCGCACUGACGCCAGGACGGUCCACGCGCGUAAACAGAGAAGUCAUCGCGGAUGUGGGGUAGGUGCCGCCGGUAUUAUUUACUUGCUAGUCAACGCACCAUUGGCGCGGCGUCUAUCUGCGCGCCUAGUCGGCUCCUACAGCUUACGCAUCAUCGAGCGACUUUUGAGUCGACUCAGAAGAUCGCGUCGCGCGCGUCGUUCGAUCCACUGACCAUGGCAGUGAGCGCUCAGACUGCGGACGAGGCGGCGUUCUAGCCAUAUUCUUCUGAUCUUAUUAUUACUAUCGGAGAGCGUCUUAUUAUAGGCACACGGCUAAGCCCGCGAACUAGGGCGCGUAGGGCGGCCCGCGGUCAUGGCUUUAGGAACCGUUUAUCCGGAACAGGACAGCGUGGAGCGAAGCGAACCAGACAAUGCCAUCAUGCCACCUGGAAGCCCCAGCCUGAGCGCAAUCGCGGCGACCGCGGCGUCGCUGACGACCGACUCGUACAGCAUCCUUGCCAGCGCGGACCUGACGUCAGCGCUCUCCCUGGCCGAACACGUGGCACGCCUGACGACGUCCCCGCACCUGUACGUGCAUCGCAGCAGCGUCGAAAAAGUUGCCGUGUGCGUGCGACAGCUGCUGCCGACCCUCCACCUCCUAAAAACCUCCGCGCCGUCGCUCUCCUUCGACCCGCGCUCCGCGUUCGUCCUCCGCCGCCUGGCUUCGGAAUUAAAAGACGUUAUCGCGUUGCUGAAGGCGUGCAAGCUGACUAUACCGGGGAUGUUUUUCAGCCUGGGGCAUCAUCAUAAGAACUUGGCGCGCCGAGCAGACGCGUGCGUGACGGAGAUUCGACAUUGUCACACCGUCUGCUCGAUGCUGCUGGGGCAGGCUUCCACCACGACCACCACCACUACUAAAAUCGCCGCCGACAGCCUGCCGCUCUCGACCUCGUUAGUGUCACACGCCGCGCCGCCGCCGCAGAACCACUUCCCGUUACGCACCGUCUCCUGCAGUCACACCAGCGGGUCGAGCAAAGAGCCGUCUUCCGCGUUGCUCGAGUCGUACAGCGGGAGCGGAACCACCGGCGGGAGCGGAAGCUCGGGGAUGUUCCCCCGAGCGGAACAGCCGGCGCGGGUGCUGCAGCAGGUGGCGGAAAUGUUCCCCCAGAGCCCCAUGAUUGGCCCCUCCGCGGGUACCUUCUCCGCCAAAGACUCCGCUUCCGCCAAGCCGUCCGGGAUGAUGACGUGGCAGCAGAUGCAGGUGCGCGGGAUUCCCCUGAGGUCGAUCUCCGCUUCCGCGGCGUCCGGGUUUGGCGGGCCGGCAGCGGGAGGACUGUACGGGAGAGGCGGGUCCGCGGGACGGCAACGACCGGGACUGCUAACAGGGACCCCAACGCUGGCGCUACUAGGGGGGGAGCGGGGGGAGCACGACAGCAGCGCGGCAGAUGCUGCGGCCUCCGCAGCACUCGCCUUGAUAGGAGCAACCGGCAGCGGCGGCGGAGGCGGCGCAGGCAGCGCUGGGGGCUGGGGUGGGGGCGGGGACGGAGACGGAAGCCGCUUCGCCAGCCGCACGUACACCGUGUCCUCGGGAUCAACGGGCAGGAUGCAGUCGUACUAUGGCUCGAUCGCAGUCUCCCCUCGUCCGCUCAGCCCCGCGACCGCCGCUGCCGCCGCCGCUGCCGCCGCGUUCGCCGCGCCGAGGAUGUUCUCCCCGCGGCGCCCCCGUGCGUCGUACCCGCUGCCGUCCGCGCUCAACCGGUCCAGCAUCUCCGCCGCAGCGGCGGCGAGCGCCAACGUGUGUCGCGUCGUGGACUCGUUGGCGGAAGGGUCGGCGGAGGACAAGCGCGCGGCGCUGGCCGCGCUGAUGGAUGUGAUUGUAACGGAUGAGGGGAAGCUGCAAGCCGCGGCGGCGGGGGCGGUGCCGGUGCUGUCGGUGCUGCUGUCGCUGCCUGAAGACGACUUCCUAUUGGACAAUGACUCGAUGCUCCAUGGUUGCGUGGACGACGAUUGGUCCCUGGGAGGGGGGGUGCUUCCAGGCGGGGGAAGCGGAGAGGGAAGCGUGGGUAGCCGCGGAACGGGGAAAGGUCGGGGGGGUAGCGGAGGGGGCCUUCCAGGGGGGAUAGGUUGCGGGAGGGGGGCGGUGGCGGCAUUGCUUCCGCUUCCGCCGCUUCCCGAACCCCCCCCGCGGGAGUCGCUGAACCUUCUGGUGGCGCGCGCUUUGGUGCAGCUUUCCGCGCUUCCCGCUAACUGCCAGGUGAUUGCUAAGGCCGGCUGCGUGCCGUCGUUAAUCGCCAUGCUCCGCGGCGGCAAUCCCGAGGCGCAGGCGGUCGCGGUGAACCUGUUGCUGAACCUUGCGACGGGCUGCGACAGCGACGGCGACAGCGUGUCGCCCGCGAUUGUCGCAGGCGACGCGAUUCCGUCGCUCGUCGCCAUCGUCCAAUCAGCAAGCGAGGCGAAAGUCCGGCGACAGGCGAUGGAGGCUCUCGCGCACGUCGUCGCGAAGGCCAAGGAGAACCAAGACGCCGCGGCGCGAGCCGGCGCGAUCCCGAUACUAACAGAAACGUUAAGGGAAGGCUCGCUGCUGGUACAAGAAAAGGCGGCAUUCGCGCUGGGGUCUAUCGCGGAGAAUAACGACGAAAAUAAAGUAAUGAUUGCUGGGACGGGAGCCGUGCCGCCGCUACUAGAUCUCCUCCUGUGCGGGCCGGCAGACAUCAGUUUGCAGGAGCGCGUUUCACGGCGGGCGGCGUGGGCGUUGUUUGUGCUGAGCUCGCAUCGUUUGUCCGCUUCGUAUAUUGUCGCCUCGGGUGGGUUGGAUGUCGUGAAACGAGCGAACGUGGAGGGGCCGUCGGAUACGAGGGAAUGGACGGCAAAGAUCAUCCCGGUUCUGGAGCCUGUAGCGGAUAUGCACCAGCAGGAGCAGCAGCAGGCGGCGUGGCAGCAGAAGUGGACCAAUCAGCGGCGGGGGAGGAGAGAUGACACCGACCUGCGAACGUCGUACGAUGACGUGGCAUCGCCUCAGGAGGUGCAGCGUUGGAACGAGCAGAUACCGUCCAGAUUCCAUGAACAGGAAAGUAGCUGCCCAGAGGGGUCAGCUCUGGGCGAAAAGGACACAGAACACGGGCAGAGGAGAAAACAGUGGCAAGAGGACGUGCAGGCGGAAGCAAAAGAAGAUCAGCGAGCGAGGGAUACGUUUCGUGAGGAAAAGGGCGCAGGCUGUCAGGGAGAGGCGGGUAAGGUGUUCAGGAGGAGUUAUGAGGAGUUGGAAAAGAUAGGGGGUCGGGUGCAACCCCUGGGAAGUGAAGUGAAAAGCUCCGAGGCACAGGUGAAACAGCAGCAGCUUACUGCACGGGAGGAGCUGGAGGAAAACGAAGUGCAGCAGCAGCACAAGCAGGAGCAGCAGCUGCAGGAAGGGAAACAGCAGAAGGAACAGAAGCAACACAAGAAGCAACAGCAGUCACCACAGCAGACGAAGCGGCCAGUGUGGCAGUUUAGUGUUCAUCCCUCAUCACCAAACUCAGGUGGAAGCUUGAGGCAGCUGUGCAAGCAGAGGCAGCAGUCACCACAGCAGCAGCAGCAGCAGCAGCAACAAAGCAAGUCAACCAGCAAUGCCAGACCAUGCAGGGCUCACAAGCAGGAAUCAUGACUCUGGGAGAUACGUUGUGCUAACAACUUACCCUGGUAGCGUGUUUAGUCCAAAGGCGAGCGAGAGGCGAGUAAUUGCUAGCCGUCGCCACCCUCCUAUGGAGCUUCCAUAACUUGAUCAUAAUUCUAGGUUUUGUUUUGGAAAGUACAAGCCACUCGUUUUCUUUGCAUGUUUGCAGAGUCUGACUAACUUGAUUACUGCUUUGCAUUGAUUGUGCGUU